AUGCCUAGCUGUUCGUUGAUGUGUCUUUUGGCAAUCCUACAUUUGGUGGCCUCAAUUAAUGAGCAUCCAAAACUCCUGCUAAUCUCAUUUGACGGUUUUCGAUACGAUGCGCUCAACAAGACAUUGGUCCCCAACAUUUAUGCGUUUGCUCGUGAAGGGGCGUGGUAUGUCAAUGGCGUAAAACCACAGUUUGUCACUUUUACUUCCACUAAUCACAUGGCUAUGGCGACAGCAAUAAGUGAAACUUUUGUAAUUUCCGGUCUUCAUGCUGAGAGUCAUGGUAUUGUCUCUAAUGUAUUCUAUAACACUACGUCUCAUCUCCUAGCCGAUGGAUCGAGACGUUCAGCUUGCCUCUACUGGCCACUUGGGGACGCGUCUUAUCCAAAUACUAAAAAGCCAACAUUCUUCAAGUAUCGCACUACGGAUGAAUGGAAUCGAGACGUCGACACAAUAGUGGAGUGGUUUACCACGAAAGAAUAUCCAAUGAACUUCGUUGCUUGGUAUAUUGGUGAACCAGACCACACUCUUCAUGAAAGUGGUCUCUAUAAUGGUUCAUUUGUGGCAGUGUUGAAGAAACUGGACGAUUUGUUCGGAUAUUUUGUGCGACAGUUCCGUCUACACAAUCUAUAUUCAGAAGUCAACGUAAUCUUAACGGCCGACCAUGGUCACGCCCAGAUAGAUGGUGUGAAUAACAUAAUGUGCGUGGGAGAUUACAUCGAUUUGAGCAAGGUAGUCUACGGAGAGCAAAUGAUCUACCUUCGGGAUAAAUCCAUUUUUCACGAGGUUUAUCAAAACCUGACGAAUGCCAUAGAGCGAAAUUCUUUCAAAGUGAAAAUUUACUCAAAAGAAACUCUUCCGUCACGCUUCCACUACAUGGGCAUGCCUUCGCUAAUCGGUGACAUUAUUCUAUCGCCAGAUGUCGGAGCCGAAGUGCGAUUCGAUUGCAAAAGAGACAUAUAUAAUCGGCAAAAACUGAACGCCAAGUGGGUCAAAGUGGCAAGCGCAGUACGUAAAUCGUUCAAUCAUCAGAUGGCUCGCGAAACAUUACGUAUGAGAGGGUUGGCAAUGGGACAGCGAUUGGUACCAAACCUUGCUGUUGCCUUAUGUCUAAGGUAG